UCAAAAAGUCACCACGUGGUUGAUAAUAACAUCGCUGGGCUGGAGGGGGCGGUGAUGGGCUGUCAACCAUUAUUAUUUCGAUGUCUUGAGAAGCACUGUUCAAGUUGACGAACGAGUUAGCCAUGUAGUAUAAAUUGUGCUUUAAAAGACAUUGUAACACAAUUUCGGAGGUCAAAGUGUGACCUUUGGUUGUAUCGGGAAGAUUAGCCCCGGUUAGCUGAGUAACAGUUAGCAUUCAUUCAGGAAGACGUUGUUAGCAGCAGCAGCAGCUCUCGCGACGCUGACGCAGACAAGCACGUCCGUGGUGGUCAUGGCUUCGCUUGGUAACUCGGCGGCCACCUCUAGUCCUAUGGUAGUCCUGGCGCCCAAAACGAAGACGAAAAAGAAACACUUCGUUCAGCAGAAGUUGAAAGUGCUUCGAGCCAGUGACCCUGUUCCUAGCGUCUUUAUGUGGGGAGUUAAUCACUCGAUUAACGACCUCAACCAGGUGCCAGUUCCUGUCAUGUUGCUCCCUGAUGACUUUAAGGCCAACACUAAGAUCAAAGUUAAUAACCACCUCUUUAACAAAGAAAAUCUUCCUGGACAUUUUAAGUUCAAGGAAUACUGUCCUCAGGUCUUCAGAAAUCUAAGGGAGCGAUUUGGUAUUGAAGACCUGGACUAUCAGGUGUCAUUGACUCGCAGCCCUCCGACAAGGACCGUUGAUGACCGAGGAGAGGGUCUGCUCCUUAACUCCUAUGACCGCACGUUGAUCAUCAAGCAAAUCUCCAGUGAGGAUGUAGCAGAUAUGCACAGCAUCCUGUCAGAGUACCACCAGCACAUAGUCAAGUGUCACGGGAGCACCCUGCUGCCUCAGUUCCUGGGAAUGUACCGUGUCAGCGUAGAGAGUGAGGAGACCUACCUGAUCGUGAUGAGGAACAUGUUCAGCCACAGACUGGUUGUACACAGGAAGUAUGACCUGAAGGGUUCUCUGGUGGAUCGUGAAGCAAGCGACAAAGAACGCGGUAAAGAACUUCCCACCUUCAAGGACAUGGACUUCAGGAACAACAUGCAGAAGGUGUACGUCACAGAGGAGCAGAAAGAAAAGUUCAUGGAGAAACUAAACCGGGAUGUGGAGUUCCUGGUGAAGCUGAAGAUCAUGGACUACAGCCUGCUGCUUGGUAUCCACGAUAUAGGCCGAGCCGAGAGAGACGAGGAGGAAGGUGAGGAGGUUUCCAACGAGGAAGACCUGGAGGCAGAGAACGGCUUGGCACCAGGCCCCACUGUGGGAUCUUACGGCACCUCUCCAGAGGGAAUAGCUGGUUACAUGUCGUCCUGCAAACCUCUUGGACCCGGGGAGUUUGACCCUUACGUGGACGUGUACGCUCUCAGCAGCUGCCCAGGAGCCCCUCAGAGGGAGGUCUAUUUCAUGGGUCUGAUUGAUGUGUUGACUCAGUAUGACACCAAAAAGAAAGCAGCUCACGCAGCCAAAACCGUCAAACACGGGGCGGGGGCCGAAAUCUCCACCGUACACCCAGAGCAAUAUGCCAAACGAUUCCGUGACUUCAUCUCGAACAUUUUUGCAUAAAAAUCCAACUGCAAACGCAACACUCGGAGCCUCUUACCAUUGACCAAAAAUAAUGUGGAAAUAUUUUUAAAGUGUUGAUAUGAGGAGAGACUACUUCCAAUGUGUAGAUAUAUAGUCAACUUCAUAUUCAUAUGUUUAUUUUUAAGAUUUCGUAUAGAUAUUAAGCACUCUUGAAAAGGUAAAUCUUAAGUGACGUUGAUCAGUGUUCAGUGUAUUAGAACACAUUACAACUGAUUUUUCCCUUU